AUGAGGUGGCAGUGUGGCACUUGGUUUAGAGGGUUGCGGCCGGCAGCGGCCCCAUGGGCAAUCCUGCUGGCGCUGGGCCUCCCUGGCUGGGUGCUGGUUGUCUCGGCCACAGCUGAUGCUGUGCUCCCGGAGCAGCAUGCCUCCUCGGCUGGCCAGCCCCCACUGGACUGGCUGCUCACAGACCGGGGCCCCUUCCACCGUGCUCAGGAGUAUUCUGACUUCAUGGAGCGGUACCGCCAGGGGUUCACCACCAGGUACAGGAUCUACAGAGAGUUUGCCCGCUGGAAAGUAAACAGCUUGGCUCUGGAAAGGAAGGAUUUUUUCAGUUUGCCAUUGCCUCUUGCCCCAGAGUUCAUCCGGAACAUCCGCCUUCUUGGAAGGAGACCCAACCUACAACAGGUUACCGAAAACCUCAUCAAAAAGUACGGCACUCAUUUCUUACUUUCUGCCACCCUUGGAGGAGAAGAAUCCCUGACAAUUUUUGUGGACAAGCAGAAGCUGAGUCGAAAGACAGAGACAGGAAGAAGUGCCCCUGUGGCCGUGGGAAGUGGGAACAGCUCUGCCGUGUCCCUGGAGACCCUGCACCAGUUGGCGGCCUCCUACUUCAUCGACAGAGAGAGCACGCUGCGACGGCUGCACCAUAUCCAGAUAGCCACAGGGGCCAUCAAGGUCACGGAGACAAGGACUGGUCCUCUGGGCUGCAGCAACUAUGAUAAUCUGGACUCAGUCAGCUCUGUCCUGGUACAGAGUCCAGAGAACAAAGUACAGUUACUAGGCCUGCAGGUGCUGCUGCCUGAGUACCUGCGUGAACGCUUUGUGGCCGCAGCGCUCAGCUACAUCACGUGCAGCUCCGAGGGCGAGCUCAUCUGCAAGGAGAAUGACUGCUGGUGCAAGUGUGGCCCCACCUUCCCUGAGUGCAACUGCCCUGACGCCGACAUUCAGGCCAUGGAGGAUGGCCUGCUGCAGAUCCAGGACUCCUGGGCCACUCACAACCGGCAGUUUGAGGAGUCAGAGGAGUUCCAGGCCCUGCUGAAAAGGCUGCCAGAAGACCGGUUCCUAAACUCUACAGCCAUCUCCCAUUUCUGGGCCAUGGACACCAACCUUCAGCACCGCUACCAGCAGCUGGGAGCCAGCUUGAAAGUGCUGUUCAAGAAGACUCAUCGGAUUGUCCGCCGGCUCUUCAACCUCUGCAAGCGCUGCCAUCGGCAGCCUCACUUCCGCCUGCCUAAGGAGAGGCCCUUGUUCUACUGGUGGAACCGAAUCCAGUCCCUCCUCUAUUGUGGAGAAAGCACCUUCCCUGGCACCUUCCUGGAACAGAGCCACAGUUGCACCUGCCCCUAUGAGCAAUCUUCCUGCCAGGGCCCCAUCCCAUGUGCCUUGGGUGAAGGGCCAGCAUGUGCCCACUGUGCUCCAGACAACAGCACACGCUGUGGGAGCUGCAACCCGGGCUACAUGCUGGCCCAGGGGCUAUGCCGGCCAGAGGUGGCUGAGUCCCUGGAGAACUUCCUGGGAUUGGAAACAGACCUGCAGGACCUGGAGCUGAAGUACCUGCUGCAGAAGAGGGAUAGCCGCAUUGAGGUGCACUCCAUCUUCAUCAGCAAUGACAUGCGCCUGGGAAGCUGGUUUGACCCUUCCUGGAGGAAGCGCAUGCUGCUCACACUGAAGAGCAACAAGUACAAGCCUGGGCUGGUGCACGUCAUGCUGGCCUUGUCUCUGCAGAUCUGCCUCACCAAGAACAGCACCCUGGAGCCUGUCAUGGCCAUCUACGUCAACCCCUUUGGGGGCAGCCACUCUGAGAGCUGGUUCAUGCCCGUGAAUGAGGGCAACUUCCCAGACUGGGAAAGGACUAACGUGGAUGCAGCUGCCCAGUGCCAAAACUGGACUAUCACCUUGGGGAACAGGUGGAAGACCUUCUUUGAGACGGUCCACGUUUACCUACGGAGCCGCAUCAAGUCCCUGGAUGAUAGCUCCAAUGAGACAAUCUACUACGAGCCUCUAGAGAUGACUGAUCCCUCUAAGAACUUGGGCUACAUGAAAAUCAACACCUUGCAGGUCUUUGGUUACAGCCUUCCCUUUGACUCAGAUGCUAUCCGGGACUUAAUUCUCCAGCUUGACUACCCAUAUACUCAAGGUUCCCAGGACUCUGCCCUCUUGCAGCUCAUUGAGCUUAGGGACCGGGUGAACCAGCUUUCUCCACCCGGCAAAGUCCGGCUUGACCUUUUCUCCUGCUUGCUCCGGCAUCGGCUAAAGCUGGCUAACAACGAGGUGGGCAGGAUCCAGUCCUCCCUGAGGGCUUUCAACUCUAAGCUGCCAAACCCCGUGGAGUAUGAGACAGGCAAACUCUGUAGCUAAUGGGGAGCCCACUCCAGUGCUGGGCAGGGAGGAGGCCUGCAAAUCUGGGGUGUAGAGAUAAUUCAAGCUUUCACCUUAGUGCCAACCGGGUGCGCCCAUGAGACUUUCAGCACCCAGCAGAUGGGAACUUGAGGCUUGGACCGAAGCAGGCGGGAGGGAAAGAAACAGCCAUUACACACACACACACACACACACACACACACAC